CAAUAAGCAUAAGCAACCUCUCUCUCUUCUAAUCUCUCUCUCUCUCUCUAUUACUAUUACUAUUACUGUUAUGGCUACCAUCAAUGCUGCGCAAACCGAAGGUGCUCAAGACAACAUCGCUUCAGCAAAGCAGUCUCUCCCCCAGGCAAAGACCGUUGAUUCUCACUCUGUUCUCAGAAGGUUGCAGUCUGAAUUGAUGGCUUUGAUGAUGGGUGGAGAUUCUGGUAUAUCUGCCUUCCCUGAGGAGGAUAACAUAUUCUGUUGGAAAGGAACAAUAACAGGAAGCAAAGAUACUGUGUUUGAAGGAACUGAGUACAAGUUAUCCCUUUCCUUUCCCAAUGAUUACCCUUUUAAGCCACCAAAGGUCAAGUUUGAAACCACUUGCUUUCAUCCCAAUGUAGAUGUGCAUGGCAAUAUAUGCUUGGACAUUCUUCAGGAUAAAUGGUCAUCUGCUUAUGAUGUCAGAACAAUUCUUCUAUCAAUCCAAAGCCUGCUGGGAGAGCCAAACAUUAGCUCACCGCUAAAUACACAAGCAGCACAGCUUUGGAACAAUCAAGAAGAUUACAGGAAGAUGGUGGAGAAGUUGUACAAAUCUCCGAGUGCUUAG